AUGCCCGCUGUCAGACAGCUUGAUCUUAACACUGAACCAGAUGACAUUCUACUGACUACGAUCCAAAGUGAGCCAUUCAACUGUGUUGGACAUUCUGUAAACCUUACUAUCUCACCUCGAGACGAUCCUCGCUUCAAGUAUUCCAUUCGCAAAGCUUUCGCUUCUGAUCAGCUUGCACUGUCAGAGUAUUCCUACCCAGUCAAAUCCCUCCAGAGGGAAUAUGCUCAUCUGCAAGAUGCUGUUCUACAUGACAUUCAUGAGGCAAAGCCCUUCAUUCUGAUAGGUUCUGACCAUGCAGAUUUGAUAUUACCACAAACUCCGAUCUGUUUUGGCCCAUCAAAUGCACCAGUGGCUGUCUGUACUAAGCUUGGAUGGACCCUCCAGGGAUUGGCAAAAGACAUUACCUCAGCAAACCGUGAAUGCUGUCUCCUGACUUCGAAUUCGAACCCCUCUACUCAACUUAUGGAUGAUGUUGUGAAACUGUGGAAAGCUGAGGUGAUUCCCUUCACAUCCAAAGCUGUGACCCGAUCCAAGCUGGACAAUUUUGCAGUAAAGAUCUUGGAAUCAAAGACUGUGAAUGUCAGUAAUGGAGAAACCAACCAUUAUGCUACUCCACUCCUGAGGAAGCCAGAUUGCACUCCUCUCCAUGCUGGAAAAGAAUCCGUGAUGGGAAGUCUUCGCUCUGUGGAGAAACGUCUCUGCCGUGAUCCAGAUCUGGCUGAUAUCCACAAUCAGAAGAUCCAAGAACUUGUAGACAAGGAUUAUGUGCAGAUCAUCAAUGAAAGUGAAGCUGCUUCAACCACUGAAUCAUGGUUCAUUCCUCAUCAUGUCAUCCGACAGCACGAGAAGUACCGCCUGGUCUUCAACUGCUCAUAUGAGUAUUCUGGACAGGCCCUGAACAAUCACCUGCUUCCUGGAUCAAACCUCUGUUCUUCGUUGCUAGGAGUCUUCCUGCGAUUUCGCCAGAAGCCAGUUGCCAUAUCAGGAGAUAUCCAAGCAAUGUUUCAUCAGAUAAGAUUACUGCCUGAAGACAGAUGUCUGUUGCGUUUCCUAUGGCGCAACCUCCAGAGGGACCGUGAACCAGACAUCUAUGAAUGGAAAGUGUUACCAUUUGGGACAACCUGCAGUCCAUGCUGCGCAACCUUUGCUCUGAGGAAACAUGCGAUUGACAACCAAACAGAGUAUCCAGAAAUUGCUCAAUCUAUUCUCCAAUCCUUUUAUGUAGACAACUGCCUGGAAAGUGUUUCCAACGUUACUGAAGCCAAGGAACUUAUUGUUGAGAUGAGAAAACUCCUUGCCAUUGGAGGAUUCAACAUGCGUCAGUGGGCCAGUAAUAGUGAAGAGGUCAUUAGAGAUCUUCCAACUGAUGCUAAGUCUGAGAGCUGUGAGCUGUGGCUUGCACAAGAAAAUGAAGAUCCAAAGGAAUCCACCCUCGGCCUCAGUUGGAACUGUGUUGAAGAUGAGAUCUCUUACAAGUACCGGCCAAUCUCAUACCAUCAGCUGACAAUGAAAGUUGUCUACAGGAUCCUUGCCAGCCAGUAUGAUCCACUUGGCUAUCUCUCACCCUACCUAGCCAGAGCCAAAGUGCUGGUCCGAGACCUCUGGAUAAAGAAACGUCAAUGGGAUGAACCGAUAGAACCUGCUGCCAAUCUGCAGUUGCACAUCUUUUGUGACGCCUCUGAGAAGGUGUAUGGAGCUGUAGCUUAUCUGAGAACUGAGGAUGAAGAUGGCGAGAGCAGUAUCGCCUUCAUGUCAGCUCGGAGUCGAGUUGCUCCAAAGAAGUGUCUCUCCAUUCCGCGCCUUGAACUCUCUGCUGCAUUACUAGGGGCUCAGCUGAGUGAAACAUUGACCAGUGAGCUAACUCUACCAAUCACUAGUGUUACUCUGUGGAGUGACUCAACAACUGUCCUCUCCUGGCUCAAGUCAGAUUCCUGCAGGUACAAAGUAUUUGUGGGCACUAGAGUGGCAGAGAUCCAAAACAUGACUGAAGAUCACAGCUGGAGAUACGUUAAUACCAGAGACAAUCCCGCUGAUGAUAUCACCCGUGGAUUAACAUUGAGUGAAUUGUCUUCUACAAACUCUAGAUGGAGACAUGGCCCAUCUUUCCUCUCUGAUCCUCCUGAACAGUGGCCACUGGGAAAAGCGAAGUUUGUGGAAACCCUAAAUGAACUGAAGAGGACCUUUUGUGGUAUAGCUACCAUGUUGUCUGACAUGUCGUCACAUGAAGACUGGGACUCUGCCGUUGACUCACUCAGAUCCAAUAUGUGUACCUCUGAUGGGGCGGCUGCUCCAGACCUUGCCACCUGUGACCUUGAGCAUGAACUGUUUUGCAAGAUACAGAAAGAAUCCUUCCCUGAGGAGCUCACUGCACUCUCAACUGGGAAGCCUCUCAGUUCCUCCAGCAGGCUGAGGCAACUGAGUCCGGAGUAUGAGCCAGAAACAGGUCUUAUUCGAGUAGGAGGAAGGUUGAGAAACUCAAGUGACAUUCCCUCUGAACUUAUGCAUCCAAUCGUAUUGGAUCCUAAACACCCUCUCACUAAGUUACUGAUCAAACACUAUGAUGUGAAGCUUCAUCAUUAUGGCUCCGAACGCGUGUUUGCUGAACUGCGAAGACGGUUCUGGAUUCUCCGUGGUAGAGAAGCUGUAAAACGUCACCAGAGACAGUGUUAUGACUGCCAGCGCUGGAGAGCCAAUCCUGAGGUUCCAAAGAUGGCUGAUCUACCUCCUCGAGAUUACGGCUCUUCAAGCCUCCUUUCUAUUCCACCGGAGUAG